GGUGGAGGAGGGUGGAGGAGGACUUCAGUUCCCGCCUGCCAGCCUACCUAAGGCUGUAGUCCCCGGUGACUGCCUAGUGCUAAAAUCCCAGCAUGGACAGGCCGGAAUCCCGGUGUCCUCCACUAGGCUCCCUACGGCCAUUUGUCCUUACAUGUCUCCUGAUCCUGACAGCUGUUCUGACGUAUCCUAUGCUCAGGACCCUUAGCCUCCAGUUCCACUCCUCCCUCACUGGAAGCUACGUCUCUGGUACUUACUCCAUCGUUUUUGUCAACUGUCCCAAUGAGCAAAUUGCCAAAGACAUCGCCAGGGCCAUCCUGGAUAAGAAGAUGGCUGCCUCUGUGAACAUCUUGCCUAAGAAUUCUUUACUGUACUUUUGGAAGGGAGAAAUAGAAGAAGCCACUGAGAUCUUGUUGCUAGUAAAGACAAAGACUUCCAUGGUCUCCAGGCUGUUCACCUAUAUGAGGUUGGCUCAUCCUUUUGAAAUUCCAGAGGUCUUCAGUGUCCCCAUGGACCAGGCUGAUGCUCGCUAUUUACAGUGGCUUGAGAAGGCCAUGAAGGAAGACUAAGUAGAGAAACUUACCGUUGCAGGCCGCUGGCUGGCUCUGGCCUUUCUUGACGGUGCUCUGGGAAAAAGCAGGCCUCCUCCUGCCUCCCGUAGACUGGUCCCUACAGCACAGAGGCACCGGCUGACCUGUGCAGGCUGAAUGAAGGGCUGAGACUUUCCAGGCUGGAAAUGAGGGCCGAGCCGGCACGCAAGAACCAAGGAGAACAUGGCUCUAAGUGCUGUGUGUUUGCAGGUGGUCAGAGGGUGUGAGGGUGAGGAUGAGGGACUGAAGGGAGGCAGCAUUGAGGGUGAGGUUUGUCAUCUUCAGGCACAGGGCCUACCGUAAGUGCCUCUGCCUCUCAUGGGGGCACUGUAUGACCUUGUAUGUGAGAUAAAUUUCUUCUGAAAAAAAAAACAGAAAAACAAAAAAACCCCAAAACCUGACACGUGCUCUAUUCAAAAUCAUGAAUCAAUUUAGUGGUAGGGCUUCAGGGGUCAGCAGAAUGGCUUCUCUUUGUUAAAGAGGCCUUUGUGGCUCUUGAAUCUUGCAGGGGUGAAGCUGGCAAGGGGCUCCUUGAACCUUUGCCGAUGAGGGGGAAUAUUAGGGCUUCAACACAACCUCAUGGGUUGAGAAUAAGUCUUGACUUUUUACUAGACUUAAUAUGACACAUUCGAAGACCCUGGAGACAGGUUCUGGGAACCUGCUGGGCCUGCGUUUUUCCCAUUUGCUGUCUAAGCUUCUGGGGCUGACCGAGGAACCCCUGGAUUUCUUGAGGAAUGCAGCCACACCCACAUCCCAAGUGAAGCUGUCAGAAGUUUGUUGUGAUUCCUCCCCGUUGUAGGCAUUAUCAAGGAAAACUGCACUUCGUGGAAUUCUGUACAGGGAGGUAUACGGAAUCAUGCGGUCUAGCCAUGGUUUGAACCAGGUCCCUUCUAUGACACAGUGGGGGGACUGCAGGUAGUUAGGACACAGGCAGCUACAGGGUCCUGGUCUCUUCUUUUUACUGUAGCGGCAGGGGUGGGGCGGGGUGAAGGGUGUUACAUAAGCCAGGCAGAACCACAUUCUUGUUCUGAUUGCUGCGAUGUGGCUCCCACUCUGACGCCCCCAAAUGCCAAACGGUGGAGGGUCUCCAAGGGCCCACCUAUGAAAACCCUGAUCAGGACUGUAUGCCGAGGCCCUUCCAAAGGAACGUAGAAUUCUACUGGUGGUUUUGAGGGCCGGGGGGUGAAGAUGUCCUUGGCGUUAAUGACAGUUUCUGAGGGAUACAUCAGUCUUGAAAAAUCCUACUUAAAAUGACGCCAGAUGGACCCGUUUGCUUUCAUGAGCAAGGCCACUUUCUAGGUCUUCCUUUCAGAAGCUUGCCGUCCCCAUUCAAGUCUCCCCUCUGUGGCAUACGGGUGACCCCCUCAUGCACUGUCCCUGUGCUCAUGUUGUCCCCUCUACCUGGUGCUACUCCUUUGGAAAGCCUCCCUCCUGGGCUGGAGGCCAGAGGCAUGUCCGAUUCUCACUGAUCUCUUGCACAAGGUUUGGGAAUUAGUUCUCAAGCUGACUUUUCAGUUUCAAGGAUUAAAACAACAACAACAACAACAACAAAGCUUUUUCUACAACACGAAUUUACUUAAGUUAUGAAAUAGACAAAACAUAUCUUUUCUUGAACUUUCUUAAGCUUAAAGAGAUUUUUAUACCCAUGGUCUUCAUUGAUUCAUUUUCUGUGCUAUGCAUGUGAUCAAAAUAACCUCUCUUGGUGACCUCUCUUUGCCUCAGUGUCAGAAACUGGAGAGAGAGGAAUACUUGCUGAACUGUUUAGGAAACUUCCUGUCUUAUUCUUGUAAGUUAGGCUUACUUGUUAUCCUCAUUUUGCUGUUGAAGUGUGAGGUCAGAGGGCAUGAGCCAUGUGACCUUUUCUGCCCCCAGGGAUCAAUAUUGGUCUAAGAGGGCAAAAGGAGCAGGGCAAAGGAUGAGGAGUGGUAUGGAAGUGAGGGUUCACCUGGAUCAGCUUGGUGGAGGCAGAUCAAUGUUAUUUGUGCUGAACGAGGAUUGCAUGGAACUUUGGGGAGUGGAUAGAGAUUUCCAGGGUAGGUAAAGAUUGUUGGCUGGAGGGCUAAGGUCUUGAGAUCCCUCAUUUACGUGGAGAGGCAUUCCAGGAAUCCCAGGUGCUUUCUGAAUGAGUUCUUAUGGGGAGAAAGGGAGUUGGACUUGUAAUUUCCCUAAGGAAAAACAUGGCAUUCUUCAGGCAGAGGCUGUGGGGGUCUGGAUCCCAGGGAGAGAGGAGGAAGCCUCUCUGAAAAAGAGAGUCCUCCGCUUUAUUCCGAGCUCAGGACUUUCUGGUCAUGGGGGACUGCAACCUUUAACAGCGGGGUUUCUGACAGAGGAAAGUGAGGAUGUGGCCCCGGGUCUGAUUCUAAACCUAGUACUCCCCUGUUUUUCAGUCAAAGAGGCUAGUCGAUUCUCAAGAAGGUACAGACCCAGAGAAUCUACCGUAGCCACCAGCAAAGAAGUUCCUAGCCUUUGAAACAUCCUCAGUCAGCCUGACACUUGUCCAUCCACUGUGUUGGGUGAUCCACACAUGAAGGGAGAAUGGAGUUUAGUGACCUGCCACGAUCCUACAUCCCAGAACACAGCUGUUGGAGGCACAAUUGGGUUCCAGCCUGUCUCCUUUCAAUGUUGCAUUUCCUUUCCCACAUUUCUUAGGAUUUCCAAAAUCUCUAAAAUAGGCAAUUGUGGAAAUGAGUGAAAAUGAAGCUUUCUUAUAAGAGCAUUUCUUAUAACACCAUUGCAUUAAAAGAAUCCCUUUGUCUGGAUGUGGUGGUGGACCCAAUCAUCCAAGCCCUUGUAAGGCUAAGGCAGAGAAACCUCAAGGUCAAAGCCAUCCUAGUCUACAUAGGGAGAUCCUAUCUCAAAAGGAGAAAACAAAAACAAAUCGCUUUCACCAAGUAAAGAGCAAAAGCGCUAACAUCAAAGCGCUGGACUGGAGAGCGAGCCUCGCCAGGCACAUGUAAGGGGAAGACACCAACACUGAGUCUGUGGGCCUUGCUUUAGGUUGUUGCCAUGGCAACGACUCUGCUGCAACCUGUGGGUUUGUCUUGAAAAUAAUUUUAUAUAUACAGCGUGUGCUUUAUACAAAUGCUGAGCGUGGUGUUCCAAGAAAUGAAUAUUGGAAGGAAGGGGAACACUUAUGUCAGUAAUUCAGAUGCAUGGUUGAUCCUUUCUCGUUGUUCAGCCAGUAAGUCCAAAUGCUGUGGUAUAGAAUGCUAUCCAAAUGAUGGUCCCUGGUACUCGCCAGUCUUUAAAUUUGACCCCUACGCUAUAGCCCUUAGUUAAUAGUACUAAUUAUUUUGGGCUUAAUAUGCCUCUUUUUUUCAACAAUUUUCCUUUUUCAAAAAAAGAUUUAUUUUAUGUAGAUGAGUGCUCUAUCUGCAGGUACAACUGCACACCAGAAGAGGGCAUCAGAUCCCAGUAUAGAUGGUUGUGAGUCACCAUAGGGUUGCUGGGAAUUGAACUCAGAACCUCUGGAAAGGCAGACAGUGCUCUUAACCGCUGAGCCAUCUCCCCACCCCCUAUUCAAC